AUGAGUAUUAGAGUUGCAUACUUGUUUAGUUUAGUGGUAUUGAUCCAUGGAUUAGUACUCCUUUCAAGCCCUUGCUAUGGAGGUAGGGAUCAUGGAGUAUUUUUAGUCUCUGAUUAUUCUGAUGAUCAUGAUCAUCAUCAUCAUGUUUUCUCUUCUCCAACUCCAACUCCAACUCCAUCAUUGAGAGUGGUAGUACAUAAAGUAGGUGAGCGAUCUCCACCACCACCUCCACAUCGUAAUCCCCCAAAGAUAUUCAUAAGUCCUCAACCAGCACCGCAACAGCAGCCGCAGCCGCCUUCUUCGCCACCAACGCCACCGCUCACUUAUUAG